UCUAACUCUCACAAAUUUAUCUUAUGGCUUCUUCAAGCUCCACCCCACACAAACAUGACCAAAAACUCAAAAGUGCCGUGGAGGCCGUGGAGGAGAAGGAGUCAGUAAAAAAUCCACCUCCGUAUAAUAGUAAGAUCUACAUCUGUCUUUCGUGCAAGGGAGCGUUCCCAACCCCUCAUGCCCUUGGCGGUCACCGAACCACCCACAAGGAGGAGAACCAAAAAGUGGAGAUGCAGCAGCAGAACCAUGAAAAUGAUAACUCCCAGAAUGGUUCGGGUUCUACUCAGUCGAAAACUCUCAUCUCAGAGAGAAAGAAGAAAUCAGCCGAAGAGAGAAAGAAGAAAAUAGCGGAUAGUCUCAUCCCAAAGAAGAAGAACAAGGAAAUAAGGAAGACAUGGGAAGGAGUUGCAACAAAAAGAAAGAGAUCAUCAUGAGAGAUAAGCAUCACCUAGAAGAAGAUUUGGGUCGUGAUUAUUGAUUUAUCGUUUAUGUCUUCUUUGAGUUUUUCAGUUUUCUUUACAUCAUGUAGUAUUCCAUCUUCAGUUUGAAGUAAUCAAGAACAUCUCCGUCCAUUGUUUUUCUUA